GUGCACUCGCACUUUCCUUUUUUAUGUUACACACUUUACACUCUCUCACUCACCGCUAUAAACCUCAAAAACCCUAACACCUUCAAUCAGACACGCUCGAGCAUAACGAGGUUUGUCUCCUAGGGUUUGCACACAACAGACCCUCUGUCUCUCAUUCAGAACAACAACAACAACGAUGGUGGCCGACAAGAGCAAGAAGCUUAAGGUUUCUGAAAAGGGCGACAACGCCGAGGAAAUCGACGGAGAACUUGUCCUCUCCAUUGAAAAGUUGCAGGAAAUGCAAGAUGAGCUCGAAAAGAUCAAUGAGGAGGCUAGUGAUAAAGUUCUGGAAAUAGAGCAGAAGUACAACGAGAUAAGGAAGCCGCUGUAUGAUCAGCGCAAUGAUCUUAUCAAGUCUAUUCCUGAUUUCUGGUUAACUGCUUUUUUGAGCCAUCCUGCUCUUGGUGAACUUUUGAACGAUGAAGAUCAGAAGAUAUUUAAGCAUUUAAGUUCUCUUGAGGUUGAAGAUCAUAAAGAUGUUAAAUCAGGCUAUUCAAUAACCUUCAACUUUAAUCCUAAUCCCUAUUUUGAGGAUACAAAGCUUGUAAAGACUUUUACCUUCCUUGAAGAAGGAACAACAAAGGUUACUGCUACUCCCAUUAAAUGGAAAGAGGGCAAGAACAUUCCAAAUGGAGUUAGCCAAGAGAAGAAAGGGAAAAAGCGGGCUGCUGCUGAUAUCAGUUUCUUUACCUGGUUUAGUGACCCCGAAGAGAAAGAAGAUUUGGAUGACCUCAUUAAUGAUGAGGUUGCAGAACUAAUCAAGGAUGAUUUAUGGCCAAAUCCACUUAAUUAUUUCAAUAGCGAGGACCCUGAUGAAGCAGAAGAUGAUGAUGAUGAAGCUGGUGAUACGGGAAAGGAUGACGACGAAGACUCUGAAGAUGAUGAUGAAGGUGAUGAUGACGAAGAGGAGGAUGAAUAGUGUUUUGUAGGGGAGGAUGAAUGGCGUGGUUUUAUUUUAAGGUUAUUAUAGGAGUAUGUUAGUGGUUUGUAGGGGAUGUGAUGAAGACAAGGGCCAGUUAUAGUGGUUUUUCUUCUGGCCGUAACUUAUUUAUUGUCUUUUGAAGUCGAUUUCUUGUUUUUAUCCAGUGCACAAUUUUUAAGUUACAUACAUCGGUUAAAAUUCCAGUAUAUUUAGUGUGUAGAUGCGUAUUCAA